AUGGCAUUGAUCCCAGGGAGCAGCCGCUUCUUGGGCCGGAUGGCGUCUUGUUGCUGCAGACCGCUGCUCAACUCCUCCUGUUGUGGACCCCUCAUCAAAAUCUGCCUCUCCUCCUUCACAGACAUAUCUCCUGCUGAGCUGGAUGCCUUGUGGAGGGAACCGCCAUAUACUCUCGGGGGGACCCACGAACACUUUUCAGGAAAUUACAUCAUGACUGAAGGUGCAGGUGAGGAUGAGGAUGGGCCCCUGGUGGAGUCAGGUGAAGGAGCGUUGGAUCCAGAAAACCACUGGAAGAAGAAAGAGGCCUUUCUUAAAGGAAGUCGGGUGACACUGGGAGAGAAAUGCUCCUCAGAAAUUAUGCUCUUUUUCACUGGACGCCGGCGCUCCAGUGAGGGCCCUGACCGGGCCCUACAAGAGGCUCUGCGCACUCGGCUCAGAGUAGUGGAGAGCAACAGCAAAGAUGUCAUCCAACUAUUUAAGGACCUGUCUGCCCGUCUGGUGUCUGUCCAUGCAGAGAAAGACAGCUUUGUGCUUACAUUUAAAACAGCAGAGGAAAUUUGGAAGUUUUCGACUUAUCUAGCAUUAGGUUUCGUGGCACGUUGCUUGGAGAACUUCCUGUGUGAUCAAACCUUCUGGCUGGAGCCAAAACUGCUCAGUGAUUUGGAGAUUAAAGUAACAGUUGAUGAGGAUCAUCUGGCCACCCUCUACCUAGAGCUUAUACUUCAGGAAGGAUCUUUCUUUGCUAAGGCGCUGUACACAAGAAGUGAAGAGGAUGACGAUGAUCAGCUGUCUUUCAAAAAGAAUGAUCUUUUAAUGGUGAAGGACACUGGACAGGAGGACAUGUGGGAGGGUACAAUGCUCUCCACUGGACACCAUGGCCUAGUGCCAGUCAGUGCCACUCAACCACUUCCUUAUCCUUUCUACCAGUGGUUCCUGAGAAAUUACCCAGGCUAUGCAGGGUGCUUACCAACAGACAAGGAGGCGUUUGAACACCCUCUUGUGACAGGUUCAUGUGUAGCGGUGGUCGACUACAAUCCAACAGUUCAAGAUGAGCUCCAGCUAAGCCAAGGGGAUGUUGUAGAGAUUCAGGGUAUACUUGUUCGAGGCCUUGGUGUCUUCAUAGGAAAACACUCCUCCACUGGUCUUACUGGCUUCGUCAAUAAAGCACAUGUCAAGCCUCUGGACACCAAGUCCCUAGAAAGACAUUUGGUCUUUCUGACCGAAGAGGAGCGAGCCACACUGGCCCAAAUAAGUCCAGUCAGCUCUGAGCCAUGUGAUAGCAACCUAUUGGAAAGGCUGUUUUCAUCGGACAUCAGCUUUGUGUACAGGCUAGACAGGCUGGAUGAGUCUGACUUCAUGUACAUCAGAAAUCGGCCUAAACAUCACAAGAUCCCUGCAAGCACACGUCAGAGUGCCAUGUCAGAGAAAAGUGGGGGCACGCCGCCGUACCACUCCUCUCCCCACACGUCGCUAUUGCACUCGUCUCCCCGCGUGUCACUGUAUCAGUCCCACAAUCCUCUGGUACAGGAUGUAGAGCGCCUGUCCUUCAAUUUGGAUGACACAUUCAAGGAACUUAGUGAAUUCCAGGAAGACCUGCCGCUCUUCUUGGAGGACAGCAGUUGGGAGGGUGACGAGUCAGAAAGCAGCAACCCAACGUUGACCCUGCUAAACCAUGACUACUUCAAGGAGGAUUUCCUGCCCCUGUACGACCUCCACUGUUCGUUUCUGUGGGUCACCUUCAGUGGGAAGAGCGAGAGUGAACUCUCAGUGCAGCUUGAGAGUGUAAGGGAGUGUGCAAAGAGGAUGGGCAUGCACUGGGCACAUAGGCGAGCUUGCUUCCUCCUAGGAAGACUCUGUGCCAGGAAGCUGAAGCUAUCCCAGGCUCGUGUGUACUACGAGGAAGCUCUCAGUGUUUGUGUGGACAGUUUCAAUGACACUCCGCUGUUCAUCGCUCUCCUCACCAACCUCACAGCCGUCUACUUGAAGCAGCGUAUGUCAGACAAGCUGCCCAUCACCCUGGAAAAGGCCAGCGCUAUGCUCCUCUGUCUCCCGAACCAUACCUACACAUCCUCAGAUGAAAUUGAGCUUCUGAAGCUGUUAUUGAGGAGAUCAAUGGUAACGGGGGAUAAGAAUCUGGAAGCUCGUGUGUGCUACCUUAUCUCAAGCCUCUUCCUGCUUGUAAGGAAACCUGAUGAGGCUCUUCCCUUUGUGGAGCGCCUACAGUUCCUCUCAUCAACUCUCUCAGCCAAUGACGGGCUUCCUAUAGUACCUCUGGACCUCAACUGGCUCUUAAGCUUGCUCUAUCAUCGGAAAUAUAUGCCUUACUUGGUGCUGGCUUCUCUGAGCCUUGACUCAAGACAAGAUCACUCGCUCCAGGACGCCUUUCAGAGAAUUGAGAGAUUUAUCAGGAACUCUGCUCGCCUUAACCCUUUUUGGAAAGAGGGUACCUCGCUGCUUCCCGCCCAGAUUGUUGUUUACCUUCUGCAGGCACUGACUAUAGCAGAGAAAGAGGGGGACUUAAAGACACAGAGAGAUCUAUGUUUGGGCUUGGCCUCAGUUUACCAGCAAUAUGGUGUACUUGAUAAGGCUGUGUGCUGUGCGCAACGAGCAGUGGCGACAGGGGGCUUCAUCAAUGAAGAGGAAGGCUUUGAGGCCUCUGUUCUUCUUGGCUGGCUGCUGGUUUUAACAGGCCAGGCUGAAAAGGCUCUGAGUGUCCUGCAGCCACUGCUUGUAUCACUUCAGGGAUCAGAUAGCUCCACUCAAAGAGGCGUCAUUCACAAUCUCUUGGCCUUGUGUCUGAGGCAACAGGGCUGCAUACCAGAGGCAGGCUGGCAACUCCACUUAGCCUUGACGAUAUCGCGGGAAAGUGGAAACCAGCGGAAUCAGGCCCUGGCACUGGCCAACCUAGGCUGCCUGGCACUUGGUACAGGGGCGUCUAUAUUGGGAGAACAUUUCUUGGUCAGAUCCCUCCAACUUUUUCUGGAACUCAGGGAGAGCCCAACAGAUGAAGAGCAUGUGCAGACCUUUCUUUGGUUGGGAAGGAGCUACAAAAACAGGGGGAAGAGUCACCAAGUCAGAAUCUGUUAUGAAAUGGGAUUUCUGAUUGCCCUGCAUGCCCGAAACCUGCCCAGUCAGUUAGUGGUGGCCAAGGUGCUGAGUCGGUUGUAUUCCGACAUGCUGCUUUACGGUCAAAGCAUCGUAUAUUAUGAACACUGUGUGUUAGUAGCCAGGGAGUUAAAGGACAAGAGACUUGAAGGAGAGUACCUUGAGAUUCUAAGCAGCCUUUACCUCUCCCUAAAUACUGAAAAAUCAUCUCGUAAAUCUCUGGAUUACACCAAGCAAAGCCUGAGGAUUUCUAUUGAUUUGGGCAAGAGGGAAGAAGAGUCUGAGACCUGGUUGCAGGUGGGGAGGAUCUAUUAUCUUAUCCAGGAGGAUGAGCUGGCGGACAUGUACCUGCAGGCAGCAGUCAAGACUGCUUUAAGAAUGAACGACCCUCAUUUUUCGAUGAGUAUAUAUGAAGAAGCUGGAGAUGUCUACUUUAAAGGACACAGGAACAGGAUGGCCUCAGUCCCUUUCUACAGGGAUGGCAGUUUACCAUUUUCCCGAAGUGUCAAGGACAUCCAUUCAGAGUUCCGCUUGUUAAGUAAACUAACUGAGCUGUUAAUGGACCAAGGAGAGCAGGAAGAGGCUCUGCAAUAUGCUACGCUAGCUGUUGAAAUAGCUAAAAAAACGGAUGUACAUGUGAACCAGAGGACAGCUUACCACCGACUGGCGACAAUAUACUACGGCCUCCAACAGUAUGAGAUGGCCGAGAACUUUUAUCUGAAGUCGUUGUCUCUCUGUCCGCCUGUCAUGCAGCACCCAAUGGAAGCUCGGUACUACACUCAGGUCUACUGUAGGCUGGGUAAUCUCACAUUGCACCAAUUCAAGGAUUAUUAUGAUGCAUUGGGUUAUUUCCACCUCGCUCUGGCAGCUGCCUUGGAAGAUCAAACAAACCCAGAGGCUCUGUUCGUAGUGUACAUGAAGUUGGCGGAGAUCCACAGCAACCAUGUGCCUGACGAUCAACUAUGCAAGCUGUACGGGGACAGAGCCCGCAGCCUGAAGAAAGUUCUCUCAGGAGCAGAGAAAUCAGCUGUGAACGAGGACAUUGGAAAGGAUACAAGCGAACAUGAUGAAUGUGAUCCAUUUCGAAGAACUUGUAGGACGCAUGUAGAUACCCACAGAGACACUGAAAUUCAGAAUGACGUUGGCAAAAGGAGAAGGGAUGAAGACAGUCCUCCAAUCACAAACAAUCAGUUUGUUGACCUCCCUGAAUUUAUCGCUAGUCAGUCUUACACUGAAAGCAUUCUGACUGAGUCAUUUGACACAGCCAGGGAGCACAUGUCGGAUUCCUGCAGUUCCACGGACACUGUGCAAACUUCGCCGAAACGGAUAAAUGGGAAUGAUAUGAACUCCAGUGACAUCUGUCCCCAUCCUGAGAAGGAAACUGUCAUAGUUCCACAUCUUGAUCAAGAAGAACCCACUCACUUAGACAGCAGUGGAGAUCAUCCGACAUCCUGA